AUGUUAAACCUUGCCAUAUGGAAUGUACGUGGCCUGAACAAGAGGGAUCAUCAGCUGGCGGUCAAGGAUAUCAUUGCUGAGUUCAGGUUACACUUUAUUGGUCUCUUAGCAACACGUGUUCGCAUUAAUAACUGUGCUAAUAUCCAAUCAUUCUUGAUGCCUCAUUGGAAAUGGUUUAUGGAUUAUGACAAUGUUGGAAAUCGGAUAUGGAUUGCAUGGGAUUAUAAUUAUGUUGAUGUGGAUAUUAUUGAGGUGGGAAACCAGUUUAUACACUAUCGUACCAAUAUUAGAGCAUUACUAGAUUUUGUUGAUAUUACUAUUGUGUAUGGUGCUACUGAGAUCACUGACAGGCGAGAAUUAUGGGCCUCUCUAGAAUGCUUAGCUUUACAAUGCAUUAAUACUCGCUGGCUGGUUGGAGGUGACUUCAAUGCAGUCAGGGAUCUCAGUGAGGGUGAAUGGUACACAUGGCAUAAUCGAAGUGCUGGUCCUCGCAACUUGUGGAAGCGACUUGAUCGUAUACUAACCAAUGAUACAUGGACUGUGCGGUUUCCAUUAGUCUUCUAUCAAUGCCUCACACCACGGACAUCGGAUCACUCGCCGAUGGUGAUUAAUGGGGAUAAUCAGCAGCGAUUUGGAGGUAUGUUCCGAUUUGACAACUUCCUUACUCUCUCACCAGAUUUUAUUCCUACCGUGCAGAGUAUAUGGCAGCAUCAAAUAAUGGGAGUGCCUAUGUUCUCAGUCACCCGCAAGCUCAAGGCCCAAGUAUUGGUAAGCUCACACAGACAGGAUGAGCUAUUUCUUCUGUUUGAGCACUGCAGUCGGCUUGUGUAUGCAAAGGCGGCCGAAUUGGAGAGGAUCAUGCUACAGCAGAGGGCAAAGAUGGAAUGGAUGAAGGGUGGUGACCAGUGUUCCAAAGUGAUCUUUUGUAAAAUUGCCCAAAGACGGACAGCUAGACGAAUCUUGCAAAUUAAUGAUGCUCAAGGAAUUACAAUUACAGAACCAAAUGCAGUCAUACAUGAAUUUAUCUCCUACUAUCAGUCCUUGCUAGGGGGAGACAGGCGUCAGAGGGUGAUAGACCUACGGUUUCUUCGGCCUUGGGCGAGGCAUAUCAUAACAACUGAGGAGGCAGGCUACCUACUGGAACCAUUCAGUGCAGAGGAUAUAAAAAGAGCUGUUUUUGACAUCGGCGAGGAUAAAGCACCUGGACCUGAUGGGUAUUCAUCAGGAUUCUAUAAAAAUGCCUGGCCGGUGGUGGGACAGGAGGUAACGAAGGCAGUACUGGAGUUCUUUUCUACGGGGAAGAUUCUUAAGCAGAUUAAUAGCACAAUAUUGACGGUUAUCCCCAAGGUACACUCUCCCACGUCUGUCACAGAUUUUCGCCCUAUUUCCUGCUGUAACGUUCUUUAUAAAAUCAUUGCAAAACUUAUUGUCCAAAAAUUGAGUGUGGUUUUGGACAAGAUUAUCACCCCCUGCCAAGCAGCGUUUGUCCCUGGCCGGAGCAUAGGGGACAAUGUUAUGUUAGCACAGGAACUCUUCACUGGUUAUAAUCAGGCCCGACUCCCACCGAGAUGUGCUUUGAAAGUUGAUAUCCGAAAGGCGUAUGACACUGUCGAGUGGGAUUUCUUGCUAUCGGUGCUUCAGCUAUUCGGCUUCCCAGAGAUAUUCAGUCGAUGGAUUGAGGAGUGUAUCAGCUCACCCUCCUUUUCAGUAGGGAUGAACAGAAAGCCACAUGGUUAUUUUGCGGGUGCCAGAGGGCUUCGACAGGGCGACCUCUUAUCGCCAUAUCUCUUCGUCCUUGUGAUGGAGAUUCUACACAUGGGAAUUCUACAGCUGAUCGAGCAGGACAUGAACUUCGCAUUUCAUUGGAAGUGUGCCGAUCUUAGACUCUUCCAACUGGGGUUCGCUGAUGACUUACUCCUAUUCUGCCGAGCCAAUACUGAAUCUGUUUGGGUCUUCAAAUCCGGAUUGGAUAGAUUUGCUGAUUGGUCGGGGCUACGACUCAAUGUUGAAAAAAGCCAUAUCAUCAUAUCCGGAUCAGCCCAAAAUAUACGAGAGGAGCUGCUUACUGUGUUAGGGUUUCAGGAAGGCCACUUACAGAUGAGGUAUUUGGGUCUACCAUUGAUCUCUUCUCGAUUAACUAUCGCCGACUGCCAACCAUUACUGAGUAAGAUCGAUGCACGUAUCAAUGGUUGGGAGGGAUUGGCACUGUCAUAUGCGGGCAGGGUACAAAUCAUUAAGUCUGUCCUUGUGGCUCUGGGUGUCUAUUGGGCUUCGGCAUUUAUUUUGCCAAAAGGGGUCAUUAAAGACAUUGAGAAGAGAUUGCGAGUCUUCUUAUGGAGAGGUACGGGAAAUAGUGGAUACCCUAAAGUUGCUUGGAAGGAGAUUUGCAAACCAAAAGAGGAGGGAGGCCUUGGCCUUAAGGAUAUGAGAACUCUUAAUCGAGCAUUGAUGUGCAAAAAGCUCUGUGAAGUCAUCCGAUGUGAUAGGACUUCUAUCUGGGUCGAGUGGUUGCGACAUGGCUGCCUACGAGAUGAUUCGAUAUGGACUAUCCCGGAGAAUCGUGGGCCAUUGGGAUGGAGAAAAAUUUUGCGAUUGAGAGGCUGGUUACGCUCAGUGGUGGAAUAUCGUAUUGGUAAUGGGAAUAAUUUUUUAUUAUGGAAGGAUCCCUGGCAUCACCUUGGGCCCCUCCUCGACAGAUUUCCGCGGGGACCCAACAGUCUGGGAUUGCAUGAGUCUACCAAGUUGAGCUCGGUUAUCUAUGAGGGCCAUUGGCACUGGCCAUUGAUUACGGACAUGGAAUGCGUGGAGAUUACACACGUGCUGCCUCGGAUCCAUGGGGGUACAGAUCGUAUUAUAUGGAAGGGUUCGAGUGGGAAACCCACUACCCAGGAGUUCUAUCGGGCUAUGAUACCAGCAGGACCGAAAGUAGGUUGGAAUUCACUACUUUCGGGUUCUUUGAAGAUCCCGCGACAUUUGUUUAUCCUUUGGCUAGCUAUCCUGGAGAAGCUAGCAACAACAGAUAAACCAUGGCUUUCCCAUCUUGGGUGCUGCGUGCUGUGCAAUGAAGACAUGGUGGAGUCACAUAACCACCUGUUUUUCCACUGCAGAUUUAGUAGAAGAUGCCUCAGUAGUAUUCGGCGCAUUGUGCAAUUCCAGUGGCCUAAUAGGGAUUGGGUCAGAGAUGUUGAAUGGGGUGCAAGAAAAUGGCGUGGGAAGCACAUCAUCAAUAUAUCCUACCGAUGCCUGCUAGGAUCGUGUGUUUACCAUAUUUGGAGGGAGAGGAACCUGAGACGGUUUGAGCACGAGGAGAGGCCAUCGAGUGUAGUGGCCAACUUAAUAGUAGAAGAUGUUCGGCAACGUAUACUCAGUAUUAAGCUACCUAGCUCUAUUAGCACAUGUGCCUUGUAUAGACUGUGGCGUAUCCCUUGGCCUGUCGAGGGAAGCGCCUAA